AUGCGUGUAGAGAAGUGCUACUUCUGCUCAAAAAGCGUCUACCCCGGCCACGGGAGCGCAUUCGUUCGGAACGACGCCAAAGUCUUCCGGUUCUGCAGCUCAAAAUGCAACAAGAACUUCAAAAUGAAGCGUAACCCGAGGAAGGUACGCUGGACGAAGGCGUUCCGCAAGGCGGCCGGGAAGGAGAUGACCAUCGAUUCGACGAUCGAGUUCGAGAAGAGGCGAAACGUCCCUGUCCGCUACAACCGCGAGCUGGUACAGACGACUGUCAAGGCGAUGAAGAGGAUAGCGGAGAUCAAGCAGAAGCGCGAGCACGCCUUCUGGAAGAACCGGAUGGCGGUGGCGAGGGAGAAGCUCAAGGCGCACCGGAAGCGCAAGGCCGAGAAGACCUCGAUCAAGCUCGUGCAGCCUAUCACCCCUCAGGCGGAGAAGAUCAAGGAGAAAAUCAAGAUCGCGGCCAAGCCUCGCAGUGCGCUCGUUGCGGGAGAAGGCAGGUCGAUGGGGAUGGAGAUCGACUGA